AUGGCGCGGAAGUCUCGGCCGCUGGGCGGGGCGGCGCGUGGGCGACGGGCGGCGUCAGUGGGCGGCAGGUGGGCGGCGCAGGUGGUCGGCAGGCCGCGCUGCGCGGAAGUCUCGGCAGCUGGGCGGGGUGGCGCGUGGGCGACGGCGGCGUCAGUGGGCGGCGCCUCUGGGCGGCAGGUGGGCGGCGCAGGUGCUCGGCAGGCCGCGCUGCGCGGAAGUCUCGGCAGCUGGGCGGGGCGACGCGUGGGCGGCGGCGGCGGCGGCGGCGUCAGUGGGCGGCGCCUCUGGGCGGCAGGUGGGCGGCGCAGGUGGUCGGCAGGCCGCGCGGUGUGGAAGUCUCAGCCGCUGGGCGGGGCGGCGCGUGGGCGACGGGCGGCGUAG